CAUGUUUACAUCUGAAACAGAAACAUUUGGUUAUGUUCAUGAAUAAUUGUAGACGAUGCUCUUUAUUUAGUUAAAGCAGCAUGUUUUAUAAGGAACUUCUUUACAUUAUAGCUUUCUUAAGUUUGACAGGAAUUCAUAUUUCCUUCUGUGUCACAGCAGAUGAACCAUCUAAUAUCCUUGCCAUUCAAGACCCUACCAUAUUGGUAUCCACCUUAAAUGGGACAUUGUAUGCAGUUAGCAUGAAAACAGGAGCAGUUAAAUGGAUCUUAAAUGAAGAACCUGUAUUGAAACUUUCUUUGAGUGCUAGUGAGAAAAAAAUUUUACCUGAUCCUCGAGAUGGAUCCCUUUAUAUGUACAUAUCUGGUCGUGGUAGAGAUGAUUUGAAAAAAUUAAGGUAUACUAUAGCAGAACUUAUUCAUCGUGCUCCAUUGCGGUCAAGUGAUGGUUUGCUUUACACAGGUAAAAAAAUAGAUACUUGGUUUGCUAUUAAUCCUGUUACUGGAGCAAAAUUGGAGACAUUUUCUGUCAAUGGACCUGAGAAAACUUGCCCAGUUGUCCAUAAGAAUGCAGUUUUUAUAGGACGCACAGAUUUUGAACUGUCCACAUACGACACCCAAUUUGGCAUUCAAACGUGGAAUGUCACAUAUUCUGAUUAUGCAGCUAUUAGUUCUCUUGAGUUGGACAAUGAAUAUGAUGUGACUCACUUUACGUCUUGUUCCAGUGGACGAAUGCUUUCUGUUGAGAAACAAAGUGGUGACAUAAUGUGGUAUAAUGAUUAUGGCUCUCCCAUUGUUGGUGUUUAUUUGCUUGAACAAGAAGGCUUAAGAAGUGUUCCGUUUCAUAGUAUGUCUUUGGAAACAUUGGAAUACAUCAGUCAUGCUCAAGCAUCUCAGUGGGAGCAUCUUUUCUCAAAGUAUUCUGCUGGAUCACUUUUACAUACAUUAUACAUUGGUGAACAUAUACAUGGAUUAUAUGCAAUAACUUCCUUGGUUGAUGAUAAACAGCCUAUAAUUACUAUUCGCAAACCAAAACCUCUGCUUUUAGAAGGACCAAAUAGUACAGUUACAAUAUCAUCAGAGAAAAAUCCAAAUGAAACAUUUGAAUACAUAAACUAUUCAUAUGGGUCAAUGAAUGAUGAUGCUGAGGACAAAGAUAUUUUUAUUGGUCAUUAUGAAAUCCCAGAUUAUGCCAAUCGGGCAUUUUCUCCUCUUUUACAAAUUGGUUCAACUUAUAACAAUGUCCCUCACAAGCCAGUUAUUCCAAAACCUAAUCCAGGAGCUAUCCAUGACUGUUUGGCAUAUGACACAAAUACUACCAUGCUUUAUUAUUGCCGAGCAAAAUAUUCACUUUUACUUCCAUUCAUGAAACCAAAGGAAACAUUGUCAUCAGUGUCAGUGCAAACUGAAGAUACACCCGAGAUGAGUUUAUUUCUGUCUUGGUUUCUUGCACUUCUACUGUUCUUACUUUUUGGAAUUUUGGUUAGUUUGGUUAUCUUCUUUUAUUUACAGGCACAGAAUUCUCGUGUCAGCGUUAUUUCUUAUUCUACGUUAUCUGACAAUCACAUACAAGUUGGCAAAAUUUCUUUUAAUCCUUGUGAUAUUCUUGGACAUGGUUGUUAUGGCACUUUUGUGUACAGGGGUACAUUUGAAAAUAGGAAUGUAGCUGUUAAAAGAGUGCUACCAGAAUGUUUUAAUUUUGCUAAUCGAGAAGUUGAUAUGUUAAGAGAAUCUGAUGAGCAUCCUAAUGUUAUUCGAUAUUUUUGUAUGGAGCAAGACAAACAAUUUCAUUACAUAGCAUUAGAACUAUGUGCUGCAACAUUAUGCGAUUAUGUAGAGGAUGAAAAUUUCAAGCGCAACAAUUUGGAUCCGCUUUCUCUUCUUCAACAAGCAGCAUCAGGGCUUGCUCAUCUACAUUCAUUAGACAUUGUUCACAGAGAUAUCAAGCCGCAUAAUGUUCUUAUUUCAAUGCCUGGCCCUUCAGGAGAAGUAAAAGCUUUAAUAUCAGAUUUUGGUAUGUGUAAAAAGCUAGCUAAUGGUCGGAUAUCAUUUUCAAAACGAUCUGGGACUACAGGAACUGAAGGGUGGAUAGCUCCUGAAAUGCUGCAGGGAGGAGAGAGAACUACAUGUGCUGUGGAUACAUUUUCCUUGGGACUGGUGUUUUAUUAUGUAUUAACUGGAGGCAAACAUCCAUUUGGUGAUCCAGUUCGAAGGCAGGGAAAUAUUCUUAAUCAAGAGUACUGCUUAGAUGAUUUAGAUGAAAAAAGGUUUCCUGAAGCUUUCUAUCUCAUUGAACGCAUGAUUAAGCAUAAUGCUUUGGAAAGGCCACCUGUUGUUGCUAUUUUAAAGCAUCCAAUUUUUUGGUCCAGAGAGAAAAUUUUAGGUUUCUUUCAGGAUACAAGUGAUCGCAUAGAGAAAGAACCUACUGACAGCAUUAUAGUAAAAACCCUUGAAAAGUAUGCUUAUUCUGUUGUUGAAGGAGAUUGGAGAGAACACAUUACUGUUGAACUGCAAAAUGAUCUUCGAAAAUUUCGAACGUAUAAAGGUCAUUCUGUUCGAGAUCUUUUGCGAGCAAUGAGAAAUAAAAAACAUCAUUAUCGAGAAUUACCUGCUGAGUUAAGAGACUCUCUUGGUGAAAUUCCGGAUGAAUUUGUAACCUACUUUAUUUCUCGUUUUCCUAAACUUUUAAUUCACACAUAUUUAGUCAUGCAGCUAUGUAAAAAUGAGAAUGUAUUUUUAAAAUAUUAUGAUUCUGGCACAGAAUUGUCUUAUUUAGAACCAAAGGAAAAAUAUAUACCUUGGUAUUAUGGGAGAAAAAUGAAAUCUUCAAAUUUAUGUAAUAGUUCUGAGGUAAUGUGUGAUACUAAAGCUGAAGUCCAAUUAGAACCUUGCAGUGAUAUUAAUGCAGAAUGCAUUGAAGAUAGUAUAAUUACGGAACCCAUUUCUAAUUCAGAAAUGUUAUUUUCUGAUAAAAACUGUAAUUGCAUUUCAGAUAUGUAUGUAAGCAAUGAAGUAACUGAGAGCAAUGUAAACAUACAUAAAGAACAAAUGGGUGCCCCAAGAAAUUUAGAGAAAAAUGUGCCUCAUAAUUCAGUGAAGAAGAAAAAGCCGAAGAAGAAACAAAAAACUCUCUUAUUUAAUGGUGCACAAUUAGUCACUGAGUAAAACUUUGUUUUGUUAAAGACAUCAGAUUACUGUCUUUUGCAAAUUAAAUUUUAUUAAAAUAAUAUAUUUUGAUAAUGGUGAUGGGUAUAUUUUCACCAGAUUUACUUUUUUCUGUUCUUAAUAUUUAGUUAUGUUUGUAGAUAUUUUUAAAUAUUAUCACCACACAGAAUUUUAUAAAAUGAGUGUAUGUUUAAUUUGUAUAUAUUUGUAUAGAGAUAAAUGUUAUUUAUAUGAAACAACAUUAUCAUCUAAUAUUGUUUGU